AUGAUCAGUGCUCACAGCAGCAUGGCAGGAGGAGUUCCAGACAGUGAUAGGAUGGUGGGGCUGAGGAACCGCUCCACGUGGGAGCCACUGUUACUUAAAGCCUCAUGUAUAAAGUCGUGUGCGAGCGGCUGUUCCCUCGGCAUCAGCGCCCAUCUCACCUACGCCAAUGUAGACGUGGAAGCUGUGGAAGGGAUCUUUGUUUACCCUCUCGGAGAGAAGGAGGUAGUGGUUGGAUUCGAGGCGGCCAUCGCAGGCCGUCUGGUCGGACUUCAUAUUGAGAGCAGAGGAAAGCUGAAGGAUUGCUGCCUGGACUGCUGCUCAGAGUUUGGCCUAGAGAGCCACUGUGGCAACAGCCGGGAAUGGGGAUGCUGUGGCAGGGGGAACCUCGAUAUGCAAUGUACCAAUGGCCAUGUUGUUUUAGAUGAAGAUUUGGAAAGAACCACUUUUAUUGUGGGUACAGGAGUCAUUGGCCCCAUGGAUAUAGUGUCCAUAACCCUGAGCACCACACUGGAACUUCCUACACUUGAAAAUGGAGCCAUUCGUAUAAUAUAUCCCACUGCACUUACUCCAAUAGUCACUGGACACAGGACAAGCAAGAGUGACAAUGGAGGAAAAUCAGAAGAGAUGGGAGCAACUAGCUGCUUUGGAGCCACCUCAGGGAAAUCGGACAGGACCAUGCACUCUGAACAGCAGUGUGCACACAGCAGGUUCACCAGCCCAGCUGCUAACCUGGCAACUUAUGAACUCAACUUUCAACUCCUCGUCCGUGCAGCCUGCUUACUGGCUGGAUUGGAAAGUCCAACUCAUGCCCUCAGAGCAGAUGCCAACCCCAGUGCUCAAAGUGCCUCAACUACUUACAUCACCUUGGCACAGGAGCACCCCUACGACCGGCACAUAGAAAUCAUACUGCACCUCAGUGAACCACACAAGCCUUUAGUAAUAGUGGAAAAAGGAAGGCUUUCCUUCACCCAGUAUGAUCAGCAGAUCACCUCUCGUCGUGAUUUUAUCCGCUCUAUGAGGCAAAACCCAGAGCCUGAGAAAAAGCUGGAGUUUGUGAGAAAGCGUUAUCACAAAGACAUCAUGAGCAAUCCUGUUUUGAUGCUUAAUUUUUGUCCCGACCUGUUAAGUGAACCCACAGAACUUCACAAAUCCACCAGAGAAGUAGUUUUUAUUAUAGAUCGCAGCGGCAGCAUGAGUGGCACCAAUAUUCAACGAGUGAAAGAAGCCAUUGUUGUAGCCUUGAAGAGUCUCCCUUCAGGGACAACACUCAACAUUGUGGGUUUUGGCACCACUGUCAAACCACUCUUCUCUAUGAGCAGACUUUGUACUGAUGUCACUCUAAUGCAAGCAAGCGAGUACAUACAGAGGAUGAAAGCAGACAUGAGAGGCACCAAUCUGCUGGGGGUGAUGUCCUGGUUGUAUCAGCAGCCAAUGCAGCGUUCCAGCCCUCGACAGAUAUUUAUUAUUACAGAUGGGACGAUCAGCAGCGUUUCCAAAAUACUGGAGUUGGUCCGCAGAAACGCAUGUUCUGGGAGGUGUUUUGGGUUGGGCCUUGGUCCCAAAGCAUGCAGACGGCUCCUGCAGGGUGUGUCCAGAUUGACAGGAGGCCUGACAGAGUUCUUGGACGAUGAGGAGAGACUGCAGCCAAAGUUAAUCAAAUCCUUGAAAAAGGCUUUUGAACCUGUUCUGACUGAUGUUCGUAUUGACUGGUACCUGCCGGAAAAUAUGGAGGCUCUUCUGUCGCCCUCUGAAAUUCCCCCCCUCUACCCUGGAAACUGCCUUAUUGGAUACUGCACUCUGUAUGACUGUUCAAACUUCAAAUCCAAGAAGACUGAGCAGACUGCCGGAGUUAGAAAUCCAAGCUCUUCUAGUGUUUGUAACAAUGACCUUUCCCCGUCUAAUUCCUCUGAGUUGAUGCCAGUGGUGACAAGUUCAGAAGGUAAUGACUUAGAGGAGGCACUGAGGGAAAUAUCCAGAGAAAUCUCUUCUGAGUUCUCAUGUGCAAGAAACACUGAUCCUGGUAUGGAUGUGGAGUGGUCCAGUGAUGUGAGGUGGAGGAUAGAGGAGAGCUCUUACAUUCAGGAGCAGUAUAUUCUGACGCGCUGCUCUCUCAGCAGUGACCCAACUCUGCAGACACACUCCCAGUCAAACUUAAACACCUUGUCCAACAUGGAUGGUGCCAGCCCCUCCUUUGAGGAUUCUGCUUCUGGUUCUGUACUAGACACUGGAUCUUUGCCUCAAGGCCUUGAAAAGAUGCUUUGUCCUGAAAAGAAAUCUUGUCUGGCUCGCUGGGCUGACGCAGUGUGGCAUCAAAACCUUUCAGCUAAAACAGUUGAAAUUGGAUCAAAAAAGGGUGAGGAUCUGGAUGUGAAUGAGGACUCAAGGAUGAGACACAAAGUCUUGGCCCGUUCUACCAUGGCGGCACGCAGUUACUCUUCUCCACAGGGGGAGAUGGAGAUGCAUCGCCUGAGAAGAGCUUUGGAGAGGGUUUCUUUUGACCAAAGUAUGGGAGGGCGGCUUGAUGAAAGUGAUGCAGAAGCAACCCUUUCAAUGGGACAUGACAUGUUGUCCCACAAAAGUCUUAGUGAUUCUAAUGGGCUCCUGUUUCCUGCAUCUCCUCUGGACUGGGAUAGUUUUGCAGACCCAGAAAAUCUCUUCUGUUCUGUCCCUCUGGAAGACCCUCCUCCAGGCCAAUGCCGCUCAAUUAUACAUGGGCAGUUCAAUGGGCACCCAGUGUCCUGGGAAGUCACUGUGGUCCUAGGACCCCUGUGGUCAUCAGAAGCUCCGUACACAGCAGUGAUGAACAGAGCUGAACAAGGACUGGAAGAAGGCCAAGGUGAAACAUGGAAGGAGAUAGUCCACCAGCUCACUGCACGUUCAGUCAUUAGGGAUUUUGAGAAAAUGGCAGAGAAGGAGUGUGACACAGGACACAAUUCACUAAAACGCUACCGUAUGAAGGCCAUUCAAACCAGUAAGCACUGCAACAUCAUCUGCAUGUAUACAACCUUUACGAUAACAGACAGCACCCAAAGCAAAGGAGUCACAGAAUGUCUGGAUGUUCAACACACUGGACUGUACAUGGGCAACAAGCAUAACUCUGUUUCUGAAAAUCGAAAACAGAAAACAUAUUCUGUGGGAUUAGGCAGGCGCCGCACAAGCAAGGACAGUGAAGACCUGGAGGAUGCUUUCAAUUCUACAGACAAAGAUGAAACCCCUGCCUCUCCCUGCAGUCUUACAUCCUGGGACUCCAAUGUGAGCAGUUCCUUCACUGGAGCAAACCCAACAAUACCAGGCAGCUCCUUUUCACGAUCACAAAGAUCUAUAGAAAGCAAGUCAAUGGAAAGCUUUUUUGGCACAAAAUUUCCACUUGGCAGACUCAGGUCAUCCAUUUCAUCCGGGAAACAGGUUCCUCUUAAGUCUCACUGUCUCUCUGCUGAACCAGAGAAACAACUUGAUAUUGAAACUCCAGACUACCUGCCCUUGGUCCGUCUGCAGCUGGCAUCAGGAGCCUUUCUUCUGACUGACAUUUACUCGGACUGUGUCCAGAUACCAGUGGAUCGUCUGAAGAGAGCAUCCCCGUACAGUCUCCACCGCCGCAGCUUGAGCCCACCUUUCCGCUGCACAUCUCCCAGUGCUCCAUCUUUAUCUUCUGCUGCCAAAUCGUCAGCUGUCCCUGGACAGCACGUGUCCUUCUCCCCCUAUUCUUGUCCUCUCAAUAAGCCUGUGGCACCUCCCUUUCAUCACACUCCAGAUGACACGCCACUGAUGCUUGAGCCAAGACUUCGACGUAGACACCUAUCUGACAAAGAGCCCCUGAGCUCCCCCCCUGAGCUGCUGAGCUCUGAGGAGGGCUCUCCGGAGCUUGGCCACGCUCAGGCGGACAGUGGCCGUGGCUCGGAGACAGAUGGUUGCGAUAGCCUCUUUGUGGAUUCUGUCCAGGGCAAUCUGUUGGCUCAGGACGACUUGGAGAGCUCCACAUGGGCGACUGCAGUAGCUCUGGCCUGGCUGGAGCACCGCUGUGCAGGAUACUUUAUGGAGUGGGAGUUGGUAGCAGCAAAAGCAGACUUCUGGCUGCGCUGUCAGGAGCUCCCUGAGGGAGUGGACUUGGCUGCGCUGAGGGGGGCAGCAAGACAGCUGUUUCUUCUACUUCGCCACUGGGACGAGAACAUCAAACUCAACAUGCUGUGCUACAAUCCUAAUAAUGUGUGA